AGGGAGGUACGUCCCGGAUCCUGGGAGGCGGCCGUGGGUCUGGAAUGGUUUCUUGUUUAAAACCAGUUUUUGUGAAGCCUUUCAGUGCUGCAAGUUUACCCUCAACGGCGCUGAGGGUCAUGUAGUAUUAAAUACUUGUUGUCUGGAGUUUCCUACUCAGUAAACGGAACAAAAAGCAGAAAGUAUAUAUAACUGUGCUGAUAUAGAAAUAUCUCCAAAAUGGAACUAUGCCUUUGGAGGUGGUGGUGGAACUACAGAUCCGGGCGAUUUCUUGCCCAGGGGUGUGCCUUCCUGGCAAGCAAGAUGUGUUCCUUGGGGUUUACCUCCUGAAUCAGUACCUGGAGACACACUGCUUUCCUUCCGUGUUCCCUAUUAUGAUUCAGCGGAGCAUGAGGUUUGAAAAGGUAUUUGAAAAUGCAAUAGAUCCUGGAGCUGUAGCAGACAUUUUAGAAAGCUUUCUAACCAGGUUUGAGUUAAUACAGCUAGUGCCUCCAGCGUGGGAAGAGUUGGCCUAUUAUGAAGAAAACACGCGGGACUUUCUCUUCCCUGUACCCAGGCUGACACCUUCGUACCCUGGGCUGUGUAGGGAGGUGCUCAUGAAGACAGUUGAAGGUUUUCCGGGCAUUGCUCCCAAAAUAGAGUUUUCUACGAGGACAGCCAUCAGAGAACCUGUGUUUCUGCAUAGAAACAGAUUUCUUGAAGAAAGAUGUAAGUCACGAAGGCCUUUAUCCACAUCAAAUGGACCAAAAUUCCACUUAAGUAGUAUAAAGAUGAAACCAAGGGAGAGUAAUCUUGACAGACUGCCCCAAGGCAUGCAGUCCCGGCCGCCCUCUCCAUAUUUCACCAGGCGUUUCUUUCAGGACCAGCCAGCUCAACUGAAUCUUGGAGAUAGUUUCAAAAUACCUGGAGAAAGCAAACCUCCAUUUGUAGUAAGACAUGUGGACAGUGCAAAGCCCUUUGGUGAGAACAGUUCAGAGCAUCAUUCCCAGAAGUCUAGAAGAAAAUCUGACUUUUCAAACUUUCCAUUUCCAGUGAGAAGAGCUUCUUCUCUUGACAGCCUUGCAGCUAACAUAAAGGUUAUCAAAGAGCCAGAUGAACGGAUUGUUUUAAGGAAUGAAUCACCAUUAUCGUUAGAUUCAAGUAAGUUUGGAAAGCCCUCAGCCAGUUACAGUCAUCAAGGGGAUGCCGAUUUCCACUGGGGAACUUCAUUUGCCACCUCCCAACACUGCAGAACUCCCAGCCCUCUUCUGGAUCAGCCCCUUCUCCGAGAAAGGUCAGCAGCAAGCACCCGGCUCUUUGCUAGAAGAGUGCCUUGUGGUCUGGCAGGAGUAAAGUCAGGUCACUUCAUCAGUUUGCUUCCUUAGGAAUAUUCAGCUGGGGACACCUUGAUAUGAAAAAUUAUUAUUCCUUGAAAAAUAACCCCAAAAGUAAGAAUUGAGACUUUU